CGGGCGCAUAGUCUCUAUCGGUUUUACAGACCACACACCCUUCCAUCGCCGCUUUUCCCUUGUGUCUUUCUUAUCUAGUGUGUUUUUUUUUUCUUUCUUCUUCUUUGAUAGCGCUCACCAGUCGCCAAUAUGGCCGACGCACUUUCCAUCGAGCAGAAUAACAAAAUCCGAGUGGCGCUGGGUUUAAAACCGCUCCCCGUCCCCGGUGCGGACGCCACCUCUGGUCCUACUUUCAAGGAAUCCGAACACGACGGUUCGAGCUCGUCUUCUGAAGAUGACGAGCCGGGAAGUACACUUGAAUCCCGCGAGGCGCUGGCCUCAUCCAACUGGAAGAAGAUGCAGGAUGACGCCGAGGCGAAACGGAAACGGGAAGAGCGAAACGCCGCAAUCAGAAAGGCGCGCGAAGAGGCUCAAAGAAAUUUGAAGCUUCAAGGUGCGACUCUAGGAGAAGCUGCCGAUGCGGACGUGGACACGAAGACUUGGUUACAGCAGACGAAGAAACGACAGAAGAAGAUCGAGAAAGAGCGCGCGCGCAAACUUGCAGAAGAGCUGGAGGAGCGGGCUCGUGCAGCUGAAUACACGGCGGAAGAUUUGGCUGGUGUCAAGGUUGGGCAUGCUGUUGGAGAUUUCGAUGGCGGGGAGGAUCAUAUUCUUACGCUGAAGGAUACAACGAUCGAUGAGAACGAGGAGGAAGGGGACGAGCUGGAAAAUCUGGAUCUUAAAGAGAAGGAAAGAACUACGGAGAAACUCGAGCUGAAGAAACGCAAACCCGUUUACGAUCCUACGGAAGAAAACACUGGAAUACUCGCACAGUACGAUGAGGAAAUCGAGGGCAAGAAGCGGAAGAGAUUUACACUCGAUGCUCAAGGGUCGACUGCUGAAGAACGAGAGGCCAAGCGACAAGAAGUCUCUGAAAAGUUGAAAAAGAAUGUUAUCAGCCUUGACUUUGCGGAGGAAACUCCAACUUCUGACUAUAUGGAUGUGAGCGAAGUCAAGGUGAAGAAACCCAAGAAAAAGAAGGCCAAGACGACAAAGCAACGUGCUGUUAUGGAUGAGGAUGAUUUAUUCCCCACGGCUGAGUCGACGGGUACACCAAAUGGGAAUUCCAUGGAGGUUGACGCAAGUAACGGAGAGUCAGUACCAGCUCCUGCCCCCCGCAAGUCCGUUAGCGAGGAUGUCUCGUUUGUGGAUGACGACGAUCUGCAAGCCUCUCUUACCCGUCAGAGGCGUGCUGCUUUCAAGAAACGCCAGAAAACACGUCCUGAGGACAUCGCACGACAACUCAGAGAAGAAGCGUCCCAAACACCAAUGGAAGUGGAAGGCUCGGGUGAGAACGAAGAACCCGGUCUGGUCAUAGAUGAGACUUCGGAGUUUGUCUCUAACUUACAAAAACCUACACUCCCUGAACGCCGUGAAAGGCGGACAACAACGCCGGCCGAGGAGCCACGUGCUUCGUCUGAAGAUCCUGGUAUCAAGGACGAGCCUGUGGAGGACGGCGACGUGGAUAUGGAACGUUCAUACAAUGAUAUUGAGGAUGAGGAAGACCUCAAAGCGCGCAUCAAGAGCGAAGAAGCCACAGCAAACCAGCAGAUCAGUGGCACCGGCUUGGAAGAGGAGUCCACAUUGGACCAAGGUCUUGGUGCUACAUUGUCGAUGCUCAAGCAGCGUGGCUUGGUCAAGUCAUCCGAUGCUGCCGAUCAUAAUUCUCUUAUCCGUGAUCGGCAGCGUUUCUUACAAGAAAAACAUCGCCUCGAAACUGACGCUGAAAAACGUGCUCGUCUGCAGCGUGAGCGUGACCGAGCCUCCGGAAAGCUCAACCAGAUGUCUGCUCGUGAAAGGGAAGAGUACGCGCGGUGGGAGAACAAGCAACGUGACCAACAGGAUGCUCGCUAUAUGGCGGAAGUUUUUAACAAGGAAUACAAGCCCGAUGUGCAACUCAAGUACGUGGAUGAGUUUGGCCGUAUGAUGAACCAGAAAGAGGCAUUUAAGCAUCUGAGUCACCAAUUCCACGGCAAGGGAAGUGGUAAGAUGAAGACGGAGAAGCGAUUGAAGAAGAUUGAGGAGGAAAAGAAACGAGAGGCAAUGAGCGCAUUGGACAGCAGUCAGCACACUGGUAUGAAUAACGCCAUGGGCGCGACGGCCCGGAAGAAUCGCCAGGCUGGUGUGCGGCUGGGAUAAAGUGGCUGCAGCCACUAUUCGCCUUCUUCUACGCCCUUUUCUUUUUGUGAUGCCCAUGCAGUUUAAUCUCUAGUUUUCGCUGUACAGCCUAUAGUAUACCAAGAAUAGAAGCAACAUUUAGCUAUCUACGACGGCCGUCACCUGCUCAUCGCCGAAAGUAGAUCCUUUUUUUUUCUGGGCUCAACUGUCCAGGGAGUCAGAGAAAGUCCAGAGCAGUAAGCAGUUAGCUUGUUGACGCUGUUCAUUACUGUUAUUCAUUGACGAUCGAUGACUUGGCGUGUGGGGAAA